CGCUUUUGGGUAAGCAUAAGGUGAAGACAAGCUCUUAGGGAUGGUGUCACUUGUUAAAGCUAAAACCCUCACCUCCAGUAUCCUAGCUCACGCAAGGACGAUUUCUCCUUCUGCUUCUCGGUUCCAAAUCCGCUCGAUGGCUGACUCUGCGGCUUCCCAAUUGAAGCAAAUUCAGAUUCAGAGGGACGACACUACAUUUGAUGCAUAUGUCGUUGGCAAAGAAGAUGCUCCUGGGAUAGUGGUGUUGCAAGAGUGGUGGGGAGUUGACUUUGAGAUUAAGAACCAUGCCCAUAAAAUUUCCCAAUUGGCUCCUGGUUACAAAGCACUCAUUCCAGAUUUGUAUCGUGGAAAGCUCGGUGUAGAAGUUGAAGAAGCGCAACAUCUAAUGGGUGGUCUUGAUUGGCAAGGUGCUGUUAAGGAUAUCCGUGCUUCUGUUGGUUGGCUUAAAGCGAAUGGUUCACAAAAGGUCGGCGUAACAGGAUUUUGCAUGGGUGGUGCCCUUUCUAUUGCUAGUGCUGUUCUGGUUCCUGAAGUUGAUGCUGUUGUUGCUUUCUAUGGAAUUCCUUCACCAGAACUGGCGGACCCUGCUCAAGCCAAGGCACCAGUCCAGGCUCAUUUUGGGGAGCUUGAUAACUUUGUUGGCCUUUCAGAUGUUACAGCUGCAAAAUCUUUGGAGGAGAAACUCAAGGUAUCUGGGCUUCCAUCCGAAGUGUACAUUUAUCCAGGUAAUGGUCAUGCUUUUAUGAACAGGUCCCCUGAAGCUGUGAAGAGGAGGAAAGGAAUGGGAUUGACUGAUGAAGACGAAGAUGCAGUGGAGCUGGCAUGGUCUCGCUUCCAGACAUGGAUGAGUCGCUUCCUGUCUUAAUGAUUGGAGAACAUUGGUAGUUAUUACCAUCCUCCACAUUGUUCUACUUUUCUUAAUAAUUUAUGGGUUUUGUUAAUGGAUGAUAUUGGUUAAUAGUUAUAUUUUUUGUUGAAAUUAUGUUACCUUCAGUUGGUUAGCCA